AUGGUAAGUUUGAAUACAUCGGAUGACUUAUUACGAUGUCCAAUCUCAAUGGAAUUAUUUCGUGACCCAGUCUUAGCACCAGAUGGUCAUACAUAUGAAAGAAAAGCGAUCGAAAUAUGGAUUCAAAAGAAUGGCACAAGUCCCAUGACUCGACAACCAUUGUCUAUUGAACAAUUAUAUCCAAAUCGUACGGUAAAAGAACUUGUCGAUAUAUUUGAAACAUCGUUACGACAACGAAAUUAUAAAUUCACAUUAGACGUUGAUGUGAAGAAAAAGAAACGACGUCCUAUAUUUCAAACUUUUGGAAAAACAAUUUAUGCUGCUGAGUGGGUUGUGGAUAAAAAUAAACGACCCGAAAUAAUUAUAUUAAAAAUUGAUAGUACUAGAGCAAAAAAAGAAGCAUCUUUUUACGUCGAUUUAAGUCGCCAUCCGCAUAUCAUUCGAACAUUCGGUUUUGUUUAUGAUAGACAAAAUCUUGAGCAGCAAUACAAUUCAAUUUUACUUGUACAAGAAUAUGCACCGGAGGGAAGUUUAUAUGAAUUAUUACAAGAAAGAACAAUAGUUCCUGAUGAAAAGAUUCUGAUAGAAAUGUUUUUGCAAAUUAUUGAAGCAAUGAUAUGUUUGUCAUCAAAUCAUGUUGUUCAUGGUGAUUUGGCUUGCCGAAAUGUUCUAGUCUUUCAUUUCGAUGAAAAUCAUCCAGAAAGAACUAUUGUGAAAAUCACUGAUUUUGGUCUUAGCCGAUAUAGUCAACUAUAUUCAACGACACCCGGUGCUGCUAUGACUGUGUUGAACAUAGUUCCUAUUCGAUAUGCAGCACCUGAAAUACUUUCAUCGGAUUCAGUAGAGAAUUAUACACAAAAAUCUGACGUAUAUUCAAUGGGUGUGUUGAUGUGGGAAGCAUAUUCAGGAGGUUUAAUGCCGUGGACGAGCAUCGAUAGUGAUAAUGAUGUUAUUCGACGAGUUAGAAAUGGUGAAACACUAUCUCAACCAUCGAACUGUAGUCAACCAUUCUGGUCAAUCAUGACGAAAACUUGGUCUAUACUUCCGAAUGAUCGACCCACAUUCAGCGAAUUGAAACAUCUUCUAGCUGCACAAUAUUAUCAUUCAGUCGCUGUUUAUAUAAUAGAUUUUUCAUCGAAAAAUGGAAUCGAACGAUACGACAUGAAAGUUGAAUGUGACGUUAACCAAAUCGUCGACACAGAAACUCAACUACUACAGGAAGAGCGAAAAAGAAAACCUACUGAAGAACGUAUACUACUCGAACAAUUAAAACAAAAAGAACCACCAUCAAUCACUCAAGCAAUCCUGGCUGUUAUUGCGUGUUUUGCUGUACUAUCCAUCCGUUCCUUGAUUCGUACUAGUGAACUUCAGCGUCCUGAAAAACCAGAACAAAUUAAAUCAGAAUGGAACGAAAUUGGAGUUACAGUCGCGGGAGGAAAUGGCGGUGGAAACCAAUCAAAUCAACUUUACUUUCCUUCUAAAUGUUUGAUCGAUAGAGACAAAUCUAUUUUGAUUACCGACCUUGGAAAUAACCGUAUUGUUAAAUGGAAAUAUGAUGCGAACGACGGUGAAAUCAUGGUGAUUAGGCAUGAAACUGGAGACCAAAUUGAGCAAUUAAGUGGCCCAAGAGACAUUAUUGCUGACAAACAAAAUAAUUCUUUUAUUAUCUGUGAACAAUAUAGAAAACGAGUAUUGCGAUGGCAGUUUUAUCAAAAUGAAGUAAAGCAAGAAGUACUCAUUGACAAUAUUUCAUGUUAUGGUUUAGCAAUGGACAAAGAUGGAUUUCUUUAUGUUUCCGAUGAUCAGAAGAACGAAGUGAGAAAAUGGAGGAAAGGAGACAAUGAAGGAAUUGUAGUCGCUGGUGGAAACGGAAAAGGAGAUGAAUUGAACCAGUUCGAUAGUCCAACUUUUAUUUUUGUUGACGAAAAUUCUUCUAUCUAUGUGUCGGAUUGGAAAAAUCAUCGAGUUAUGAAAUGGAGAAAGAAUGCACAACAAGGAAUUAUUGCAGCUGGUGGAAAUGGCGAAGGGAAUGGUCUGAAACAAUUGAGUAGUCCUCGAGGAGUAGUCGUCGAUUAUUUGCAUCAAAUCUAUGUAUCAGAUAUGGGCAAUAAUCGGAUAAUGCGUUGGACUGAAGGAAAUGCUGAAGGUUCAGUUUUUGUCGGUCGAUACGGACCAGGAAAAGCAUUACAUCAGUUACGCCAACCUACUGGUUUAUCAAUGGAUAAUCAAGGAAAUUUAUACGUUGCUGAUUGGGGAAAUUAUCGAAUUCAAAAAUUCGAAAUUAGUCGUCAAAAAAUAAUUCAUUGA